GGGCAAGAUGCUGCAGACGGUGGCUGUUAGACGAACGCUGGCGACGGCAACUGUAGCCGUGACAUCAUUGCAGACAACGUGGAUGCUGGCGGUGGGGACCCCACUGGGGAGUACGGAUGAUGACAUCAAGGGGGACGUGGGCGUACAAGAACCAUUUGACGUUUUUGGUGCAGGUGGCGGCGCUACUACACCGACGUCUGCAGAUAUAUCUGACCGGCAGAAUAACCCCAAUAUCGUUCUGGUGACUGAGGUCCCCACGACGGCACCUAUUACCGCACAAGUGGCGACGAACGAAGAGGAAAUAAAAGUGAAUCCCCAAAAGGAAGUAAAGCCGACAUUGGACUUGGAUAAUGCGUCUGUCGAUGAAGAGAAAGAUGCAAUUGCUCCUGCGCAAACAACAGAGGCUUUGAACACAGAACCAUACACGACCGAGGCCCCGACAGAGCAGCUGCCACAGACAACGGGGCCUACAGCGAUAGUGGACACCACCUCGAAGCCAUCUUUGCGCACACAAGACCCAGCCAUGAUCUCAAACACUGUCACGAAUGACACCGCGGAAGCAAAGUCACCGGGGUACCUGAACCAGGGCAGCAACCCGUUAGUCAUCGUGGCGCUGGCCGGCUUCUGUUGCAUAUUCCUGCUGCUCUGGGGACGUAAGAGACGUUCCAGCGCACCAUCAAGCUCAGGUACGCCCGGGAAUGUUACUCCCAAGGGGCCCAAGGUUCAAUACACGCAAGUACCAGACGAGCAGCCAUUUAGUCACAGCCAAGAUGAUGAUGACGAAUACUGUGACGAUUAUGAGGAGGAUACUUUCGCAAAUGAUCGCGAAAACUGGGACGAUUGGGAAGGAAACCCCACGCAGAAUCAGGUGUCCCAGUUGAACCCGUUUAUUUCAACACCCAGUGCUCCACGUACGACGUCACCGCGUCAAAAUAACAGCAGCGCCAGCCCUUUCAAGCUCAUGCAGCCACUGCCUCCUCCUCCACCACAACAACAUGUUCAACUUCAGGAAAUUGCAAUUACUGGCAAAGGUGACUUGCUUCCUUCGAGUGUCGAAUCGAACAGCUCUAGUGACUCAUUCGAGGUCGUUACAGAUGAAGCACUCGCAAUGCUAACUAGCAACCACGGAGCUUCCGCAGAGACGGAGAAGGAAGGCGAGAGCGUUGACGACUUGUUCAGCCAAUUUGGCAUGGUGCCCACGUUCAAAAAGAGUGCAGUGGUUCCACCCCUGUCUACAGCUACAAGCGCGACUCCUAUUCCCCAGCCAGGAAUGGCGGCACCAUCUUCCUCAUCGUCGUCGUCACUGCCUACUGCUGCUGAGGCAUCGGCUUUGUUCGCUGCUGAGAUGGAUGAUGAACUCACCGCUGUGGACGAAUGGGGCGAAGAUGACGAGUGGGUGAAAGGUAUUUGAUCGCUGCACCAUCGAUAUCAAACGU